AUGACACUAGAAGUAGAAAAAGGUAUCUCGCAAUUAGAAAAGGUUGAAACUGAAACCAAGGAGAUUGAAGAAGAGGCUCGGGAAAAUUGGACUCAAGUGCCUACCGGGGGACCGCCCGCCGGCACCCGCAGCAGGAGACGGGCAUGGGCGGAUGGGCCUGAUUCGGCCGUCACUUUGCCUCUUCGAGCGGUUGGGCCACCCCCGGCAGACCAAAAUGAGUUGCAGGUGUUGCAGUAUUGGCCUUUUUCUUCAUCUGAUCUAUAUAAUUGGAAAACUAAUCACCCUCCUUUUUCGGAGAAUCCUGCUGCUCUUACAGGUUUAGUCGAGUCUCUGAUGUACUCCCAUCAGCCGACUUGGGACGACUGUCAGCAAUUACUAAACACCCUCUUUACCACCGAAGAGAGAGAAAGAAUUGUCUCGGAGGCGCAACAAGCUGUUCGUGAUCCUGCCGGGCGACCAACGCUGACGGCGGCAGAAGUCGAUGAGGCUUUUCCUUUGACACGGCCGCAGUGGGACUAUAAUACAGCAGCAGUACUGUUUGCAAAAAACUUGGUGAAAAAGGACUUUUUCCGACUUCCUGAUCCAUUUGCCAAGGUCGUGGUGGAUGGAUCUGGCCAAUGCCAUUCUACAGAUACUGUGAAGAAUACACUUGAUCCAAGAUGGAAUCAGCAUUAUGACCUAUAUAUUGGGAAGUCGGAUUCAAUUACAAUCAGUGUGUGGAAUCACAAGAAAAUUCAUAAAAAACAGGGAGCUGGUUUUCUGGGUUGUGUGAGACUUCUUUCAGAUACAAUCAACCGCCUUAAAGACACUGGUUUUCAGAGACUGGAUCUGUGCAAGCUUGGUCCAAAUGACAAUGAUACUGUUAGAGGACAGAGAGUAGUAAGCCUUCAGUCCAGAGACCGAAUAGGCACAGGAGGACAAGUCGUGGAUUGCAGUCGGUUAUUUGAUAAUGAUUUACCAGAUGGGUGUGAGGAGCGGAGGACUGCUUCUGGAAGGAUCCAGUAUUUAAAUCACAUUAUACGAACAACUCAGUGGGAGCGACCAACACGGCCAGCAUCAGAAUACUCCAGUCCAGGCAGACCCCUGAGCUGUUUUGUGGACAAGAACACUCCGAUUACAGGGACGAACGGUGCAACUUGCGGGCAGACGUCAGAUCCCUGGCUGUCAGAGAGGAGAGUCAGGUCGCAGAGGCACAGAAAUUACAUGAGCAGGACACACUUGCACACUCCUCCUGAUUUACCUGAGGGAUAUGAGCAAAGGACGACUCAGCAGGGUCAGGUCUACUUUCUGCAUACUCAGACUGGUGUUAGCACGUGGCAUGAUCCAAGAGUACCUCGGGAUCUUAGCAACAUCAAUUGUUAAGAGCUUGGUCCACUGCCUCUUGGAUGGGAGAUCCGAAAUACAGCUACAGGCAGCUAG